AAUGUGAUGUUCAAUUUCCCCCCAAAAACGGUCAUUUGACAAUUCAAAUGUGGUGCAUCUGUUUUGAAGCGCUUCAAAUAUACGAUCGGAACAUUUUACCGUAACUUGUUGUGCAAGAAAGACGUAUUUUAAGCAAAUCGUGUGUGUUUGUGGUUUGUAAAACUCUGUUUCCUUGCUCGAAGAACGAACAACACUAUUUGUCCAAACUGUGGCUGUCGGAAGAGAUGCUGCAAGCUGCUCAAGAGUAAACAAGAACGCAUAGCAACAUCGCAUCUAGAACUUACGGUACGCAAGAUGAAUAGUCAGCUGUUGGCAGAUCAGCAAUUGGCCAAGCUCUACUUUGUGCAGCGUGCAGGGCACACUUCCAACGAAAAUGCGUCGGAAGAUAUGAAAAUGGCUUACUCGACCGCACGGGAGCACAACGACAACGAUGAGCUGCAAGGUUGGAUAACCGAGGACGAAUGUCUCAAGAUGGAUGAAAAUGCACUAACCAAGCGGCACGUGUUUGUGUUUGAAAAGUUCACCGGAGCCGCAUUCGAACAUGCGCGCAAAUCACCCUCAACCGUUAUCGGGCCCCGCUGUCUGAUCAGCUGUUUCAUGGACAACGAAACAAUUCCACUCGGCGCACAUCCGGUGUAUACGACAGCGAUGCGAAAUCUGACCGUAUGCAGCUCCGGGCUAAAGGCAAAGGAAAAAUCGCUCGUCAGUCAGCUGGUGUGUCACAUGGGUGGCUACUAUCUGGACGUGCUGAAUGCCAGCUGCACGCACCUUGUAUCCUCCACGGUCAAAUCCGUCAAAUAUGAAAAGGCGGCCGAAUGCAAACUGCUCAUAAUGCAUCCGGACUGGGUAAGUGCAGUUUGGGAAGAAAGUCAACAACGUGAUCUUCACGCAACAGAACCGAGCAUUAUUAAGCGUUAUCAGUUGCCCGUGUUCUACGCACUAACGAUCACUUCGACCGGCCUAACUGCUGCGAGAAAGAACGUGAUCAAAUCGUUGAUCGAAUCGAACGGAGGAAACUAUGUAGGAUCAUUCAAGUCAGAAACAACGGACAUACUGAUCCUGGAGAAAACGGGCACUGAGUCGGCCAAGUUUCGUGGUGCUGUACGGUGCAACAAGGAAUGUCUUACGCCGGAAUGGGUUGUGGACAGUGCUGCCAACGGGUACGUGUUACCGGUUCGAGAGUAUGAAGUGAAAAGCUUGAAAGCUUCUACUCCGACGAAAGGGGACGAAGCAGCCGCUGGUUCUGGUAAUGUUGGCAUUCGCAUGUCAGGCGGUCAAUUUAAUCCCGAUUGUACGCAGCUGUCGGAUAUUUCCCAUGCUAAUUUUUCCUCACGAAAUGAAACUAUCAACGAAAGUAUGAUUGGCACAGGGGAUGGGAUUUUGCCCGCCACUUCUGGCUUUGCGCGUCCCGGCGGAAGCCAAAAGUACCGGGAGGUACUGGCACGUAUGACGGUACAGCAAGCAAAGAAGGCCGGCCAUGUUUUGGACGGUUGCAGCGUUUUCUUGAGUGGUUUCACUGGCGAUGAGAAGGAAAAGUUGAACAAAAUACUUAACUCCGUCGGUGCCGUUCGGUACGACGAGAUAUCGAGCGCCAUUAGCCAUGUGAUUGUGGGCGAGCAGCACGUGUCCGAGUUGGCAAAGUUUCGCGACUCUACUGCCCAUUUGCUCACGCUCGAAUGGUUAGCCAAAUCGAUCGAGCUUCGCCAGCUGGCACCGGAAGAUGCGAGCGAGUACGCGUUCCAACCGUCCGGGAAAGGGAUUGUGGAUCGCGCCCCGGAACCACCGUCACCGUCAAGCAAGAAAAAUCUCCAACGUAUGAACAGUAGCGUUUUUAAGCGACCGGAUGUACCGAAGUUCCGGCUGGAAGAGGCAACACCUCCACCUGGAGCUAGUAAUGCACCGCCGGCAUCGAAACAACCGACCGAAGUAGACUCUAUUAUGCGGCAGUACAUGGAGAAAAAUAUGGCCGAAAGAUUGCCGGUUAGCUCGGGGACGCCACAGGAACCGAAACCAUCGGCAGGUACAGCCGCAUCCAUCACAAGCGGUGUGAGCCAGAUGGAUUCGGAGCUGGAAUCGCAGUUCUCGGAGUUUAUGCUGGGCAAGACACUGUUCGUGUUCGGCUUUUCAGAAGAGGAUGCCGUACAGAUACUGUCCGAUUGUAAGGAAUGCGGUGGAACGGUUGUCGAUGAAAGUUACACCGAUGAGGUGGACUAUAUCGUGCUGCCAACGUCAUGCAUCGGUACUCCGGACUUUGCCGUACGCGGAAAGCAAACCGUAAAUUGUAUCUGGCUUGAAACAUCGAUACAGAGUGGCCAAUGCUGCCCGAUGGAAUAUUACUAUGAGCCCAUAAUUUAUGGCGAAAACGAUCCUACGCCAUUGGAAGGAGAAACGGUCGUAAUCAGCUCGUAUUCCGGACCGGAACGUGAAUUUUUGAUUGCGAUGGGUAAGCUGCUGGGUGCAUGCGUCCAGGAACGGUUCGUACGGAAGGCGGCCCCGCUGUUGGUGUGCAAGGAAGCGAACGGUGCCAAGUACAAUGCAGCCAUUCAGUGGGAGUUGCCGGUGGUACGAGCGGAAUGGUUGAGAGAGUGCACACGGUUGAGGCGUCGUGUAGCGGAAAAUCCGUAUCUGGUCGGGGAUGCGAUUUGUUCCGUUAAGAACAUCCCCGAUGGUGCUGGCGAUGGAUGUCUUCCAACGACUUCUACCGACGAUGUGGACAUUGAUUCUGUUCGUGACGAAGCACAAGCUGCCAGAUGGAACGAGCAAAAGGAUGAAGAACCCUCAAUGCUUCCGCAGGCAUCGUCAACAAUGAAACCUCUGCCAAAGCCGACAAACGUUGGUGAGUUCCGGUACAUCACAAAACAGAAAGCGAACGAUGAAACCGAUCUGCAGUACGGGUUUAAGCGUCUUUCCACGCCACAGCUGAGAAAAAUGACCAACGACGAACGAAUGGUGUACUCGCAGGAGAUGGAUCAGUACGAGGAUCUGAUCAAGGCGCAACGGGCCCAAAGGAAACCUUUCGAUCCGAACGAAGGAACUAUCGUACCGGGAGGGAUGGAUUCCCCUGCCGGCGAAGUGUUGCGGACACGUCGUUUUACCGCCAUAACAGAGGAGGAAGGUAGAGGAUCAUCCUCCUCACGAUCACCCGUUACUCCGGUCGCGGCCGGUAGUUCGGGAGCGGUCAGUACCAAUGUCACACCGGUUGCCGGCGAAUAUGAAGCCAUGAGCAUAACGCAACGCGUGAUGGAAUUUGAUACACCGAUUCGCACCACACUGUACAAGGUGCUGAAGGAUGCGGAAGAGGCGGAUCGUAACAUUACGCCCAGAACGCGCCGCGUAAAGGAACUGUUAGCGACACCGCAAGCAGGAGCGGGAACGGCGUUGGGUGAUGGGCGCAUCCGCACACCGACGCUACCAGAGUGUAUGACGAAACCGGUGACACCGUACGGAUUUCGACCGGACGCCAGUCCCGAUAAUCAUGCCUAUCACAAGCGCAAACUGCAGCACUGGGAUCGUUACUACAAAUCAUCGACCGGUGCUACAGCAACAGCUGCGCCUGGCCCAUCGGAACCGGGCCAGGUAGAAACGGCUUCACAAAAAGCGCGCCGAUUAAGCACACCGAUCAGUGAGAUCAAGCGUCGAUUUUACGUGGAAAAGUUUGGCGAUGGGUACGCGAACCAUAUCGAAUCAAAGUGUACCACGGUACCGCCCAGGAUGCAAAACUUAAACCGUUCCGGUGAAGAUACUGAUCAGGACGAAGAAAUUGCUAGUACCGCACCUCAACCACAGGGGAAACUUACUUCGCCUACCGUUUCAAGCAAUGCGCAGGUGGUUGGUAAUCAUUUGGCUAAUUUAUCAUCCAGCUCGCGAGGAUCACUCGAACGGAGCAACACUAGUGCCGAAAAGCGAUCGCGCACCGAACUGGAGGAGGACGACGAUUUGGAUGAGAGCGACAAGUACGGCAGUCCUGUCGGUUUGCGGGACGAAUCGGAACGGCAGCCAGCUGCAAAGAAACCACUGCUGAAUGUGGGCCGCGGUGACGAAUACGUCCAGCGGUUGAGUGACGUUAUUGCGGCUGCUAAGGAAUCGGCAAAGAAGAAAGCCAAAUUUCAGCUGCAACCCGAUACGGAGCAAAUUCCGCCGGAACAUUACACCGAGCCGGAUUACGAUUCGGAAAUUAAUGUUGGUGGUGUGGUGUGGCGUGAACGUGACAUUGAAAAUAUGCAAGCGAACGAUGCCACGAAUGCUUCGGCUACUAAACCGAGCGAUACUAAUGCGGAAAAGAGCAUUAAACGUGAAAGUGCCGUUAAGCGUGCUGAUCCGAUCGGUAUGAAGUAUCGCGGUACACCCGUCUUUGCCAUCUCGGGCGUACCGGAGAACGUGCGGUUAGAGUUGGCGAGAAAGAUCGAUCAUCUAAAGGGACAGCUAGCGUCGGACCCGAACCGAUACGAUCCGAACUGUACGCACAUCCUGUGCGGCAAACCAAACCGUGGCGAAAAGAUGCUGUCCGGUAUAGCGGCUGGCAAGUGGCUUCUCUCUACCAAGUAUCUGGACGAUAGUUUCGAAGCGGGCUACUUUUUGGAUGAAGAGUGUUACGAGUGGGGUAACCCGAAAGCUGCUGGCAAACUGGCUGCGUUAGUUUCGGCGGGUGAUUUGGAAACGGCUGCGGCAGCAUACACGUGGCGUAUGCGCAUUGCAAACGAUGUGGGCAAACAUGAUGGUGCAUUUACCGGGUACCGUGUGCUACUGGUCGUACCGAAGAAGGAUCAGUUCGAACGGUUACUCCAGUCCGGUGGUGGAUAUGUGCUUAAUGUGGAUCCACCAUUCAUCAAAUCGGAACGUGCCAUGUCAGCAACACACUGUUUCGUCGAUCGUAAGGCUAAGCUGUCUAGUGAAGAUCAUCGAGCGUUGGCGGAGGCCGGCAUUGCGGUACUGUCCAUAAUGUACCUAAAUGCGUACCUUACGUCGGCUAGUUUUCCCGAUCCCAACAACUUCCAGCUACCGAUAUAAUAUGGCAGCACGCAUGUUUAACCUCUCCGGUGCCGGACGGCAAGUGUUGUUUCAUACAUAAAUUUGAGAUUAUUUUCAAUGAUUCACGUGCCUAGUAUUAGUUAAGUGUUAUGAACAAAUACUCUGUAUUCUUCUGCUGUAAACGCUUUCAAUUCCGCAUUAUCUUUGCACUGCAAUAAAUCGAGCGGAAGAACGAAUCACCCUUCGGUCUGAAGAUCA